AUUUGACCACCUCCGCAUUCAUUGCUGCGCUUCGAAGGAUGGCAGCGCGAAGAGGCAAGCCCAGUCACAUGUAUAGUGACAACGGGUGAAACUUCGUGGGCGCCAGUAGAGUACUGCAAGAAGAAUAUCAAGAAAUAAUACAAGUAUUCAACGAAGAAUUCAAGAAAGAGAUAACAGACAUGGAGAUCACGUGGCAUUUCAAUGCCCCGUCCUGGCCAUCAGCAGGUGGAUUAUUUGAAGCCGCAGUCAAAAGCUUCAAAUACCACUUUAAACGUGUAGUAGGCGAACAGAAACUUACCUUUGAAGAAUUCUAUACUUUGUUGACCCAAAUAGAAGCCUGCUUAAACUCAAGACCUCUAUGCGCCUUAUCAGAAGACCCAGAUAACCUGGACUUCCUAACACCGGCACAUUUCCUAACCGGCGGGCCUCUCUUAACAAUAGUCGAAACGGAAAGAGACAUGAGAACAAGAUUGCAACUAACUCAAAAAAUAUAUCAAGACAUUUGGAAGCGGUGGCGCUCCGAAUAUCUGACUCAAUUAUCGUCAAGAAGCAAAUGGACACAACCAUCUGAAAACAUAAAUCUAAAUGACGUGGUGAUCAUUCAAGACGACAACCUGCCGCCAGGCAAGUGGCUCAUGGGCAGAGUCGUUGAACUUCAUCCAGGACAAGACGGUUACGUGCGAGUAGUUACACUGAAAACCAAAAGUGGACUCAUUAAACGCCCUGUAACGAAAGUAGCAAGAUUAAUAAAACAGCAAGAGAACGACAAUCACGAACAACAAAACGAAAUCAAAAACACUAGAAAGCAAGAACCUAAACAAACAACAAACAAGACACCAACGAGAAAACACACUACGUCAUCAAUACUAGCAGCAUGUUUACUAUUUAUGACACUGAUGACGGGAGCAGAAAGCAAAGUGAAUAUUACAAAAUUUCGAGAAAAUCAAGGCCUAUAUUUUGACAAGAUUUCAAACAUGCAACUAAUAAAAGAUGAAUGGAAACUCAUCGUAUAUUACAACAUGGAACCUUAUGAACAGGGCAUUACAGCUCUAAAUACCUACCUAGAAAACUUAGAUAAAACAUGUUCGUCAUUACACGAUCAAGCAUUGUGUCAUGCAGUCCUACUCCAAUUACGUCACGGCCGCGAUGAACUUGAGUACUACGAUCAGCUGUUGCUGAGCCGACAAAUCACCACGCAGCCAACACAGCGACGUAAGCGCCGGGGCCUUAUCAAUGCCAUUGGAUCCAUUGCAAGUGACCUAUUCGGCGUAUUAGAUGAAAGAUUCGCCGAACAAUACAAGAGAGAUAUCAGCUUACUACAAAACAAUCAAAAACAUAUGAUUCAGCUAUGGAAGAAUCAAACGUCUAUAGUAGAAGCAGAAAAUAAUCUAUUGAAACGAACGGAAGAUAUAAUUAACCAACAACACAAAACAUUAAAUCAACACAUAAAUUCCUUAGAAAAGGCCAUAAACCAGUUAAAAGGCGCAACAGAAGGCAAUAUGAUCCUAAAUAACUUUGCUAUAGGGGCGAUUAUAGCAAGCAAUAUGCUUGCCAGUUUAAAAAACCUACAAAACAAUUUAUUGGAUACAAUUACCGACACCCAUCAAAAUCGUUUCAACUUACACUUGAUGACUCCAGAACAACUGAUGGAAGAAUUAAGCACGGUCUCCAGUCAGCUACCAAAAGAUGUAACUCUACCCAUAGAAAACGUCCAUUCGGACUUACGCAAAAUAUACAAUCUUCUCAAGAUAAGAGCACGGAUGCUGGAAGAUUAUCUCAUCUUUGAAAUUAGAAUCCCGCUCAUCAGCAGAGACAGCUACGAGCUUCUGAAAGUCAUUCCAAUUCCCAAGAUUCAAGAUGAGAAAUCGAUAAGUAUAGUUCCUGUCUCCGAGUAUGUAUCUAUAAACAUGAAAAAAGAUACUUACAUACCUAUGAGUGAGAGUGACGUCAAUGCCUGUUUACUGCAGUUUGAUAUGCACUUCUGCCACAGUUGGAAACCAGAAUAUCAGUUAAAUGAAGACAAGAACCUAUGUGAAAUAGAACAUUCUGAAUGCAAAACGCAAGUAAACCCGUGCAAAAACACAUGGCAAGAAAGUUACGCCACAAACACCUACAUUUACUUUUGUUGUAAACAAUGCAACGUCAGAGUUAUGUGCGGCGAUCAAGUGACCGCGCAUCAAUUACAAGCCGAAGGUCUAGUUACCGUAGGUCAUGGUUGCAUCAUAAAGACGGAUAAGCUGUCUAUAUUUCCACAUAAAACACACUCCAGCGAAUUCAAGAUCUGGCCUAAUGUAUACAUCCCUAAAAUGGCACCAAUUAAUAAUAUAAUCAACAUAACGAUACCGCAUCUUACGAUUGAAAACAAAUCCGAAGAAUUGAAACAAGAAGCUGAAAAAAUAGAAGAGAAGAUCAAGAUCGCAAAGGCGAAAGGAGACGAAGUCCUAAUCGAGGCAGAUAAUCUAUCAUUACACGAUAUACACCAUUAUGUCAUGAUAUAUGUCGUGGUAAGCAUCGCCGGUAUAAUUGGUGUGAUAAUGAUCAUACGCCGAUUGCGAUGUAAAUGGCAUAUUCCACCUUCGGUAGCCGAACCAUCGAUAAUGAUGAACGAAUUGAACUCACCAUCGCCUGUUGUCCAAGCUGCAGCAGCGCCGAGAAGCUCCAGAACUGCGCGACAAGUCGACGAGUACGCAGUUCUUGAAAGACAAGUAGAUAGAAGCACAUCUCCUGCACCGAAGAGGAUCAUCAUCCCCCGUUCUCAGGCUGAUCUUCAUCAGUGAACAGUGCAGUGAUGUUAUUUUAUAAGUUUUAUUUAAGAUAGUUUAGUUAUGUACAUGACAUGUAAACAUAUUUAAGUUUUGUCAAGAUUGUUCCCUCCCUAUCCCUACUAACAACAUCCCUAUUCCGCGCCCCCGGAAUAUGUACAAAGUACAAUAAGUCACGAGUAAUUAUGUAGGUCAUGCAAACGCUGCAAUAUUUAAUUUUAUUAACUUGAAGCAUUCGCCGAUCAGUUCUACACAAGUUCUCAACCUAUUAAUUAGUGUGCACACAAUUGUCAAGAUUUAUAUUGUAAUUAUCUUAAAUAAAUAAUCAAGAGUUUCAAGAGUUUCCUUCUAUCAAGACAACUAC